CUGCUGACGUGCACCAACAAGUGGCUAACGGGGCUGAGGCUGGCUGUGUCGGAACCAUGGCCCCCAGAGACACCACCCUCUUCUGCCUCGUGCUCUGUCUUGGCCAGAAGAUUGAGGCACAGGAUGGGAAUCUUUCCAUUCCUACCAUAUCUGCCACGCCCGGUUCUGUGAUUCCCUGGAAUGAGUCUGUGAAGAUCCUGUGUGGGGGAACUCCUGAGUCUUACCUGUACCAACUGGAGAUCCUGGGAAACUCCACAUACAAAGUGGUGGAGAAGAAAUGGGGAUUUCAGAAGACAGCUGAGUUUGUCAUUAAACACAUGGAUACAAAUACUGCAGGACGUUAUCAGUGCCGAUACAGAAAACAGUACAGCUGGUCAGUGCAUAGUGAAGCCCUGGAGCUGGUAGUGACAGGCUUGUAUGACAAACCCUCCCUCUCCACUAAUGGGUACCUCGUGGUGAUGCCAGGGGAGAAUGUUUCCCUCCGGUGCAGCUCAGCACACAUCUCGUUCAAUAGAUUUUCACUGAGCAAGGAGAGAAGGGCCGUUCUGUCACAGCACCAAAACGGGGGACGCUGGGGUGACUUCAUUCUGGGUCCUGUGAACCUCAGCUUCUCAGGGAUCUACACAUGCUACAGUUGGUACAGUGGCAGCCCUUAUGUAUGGUCAGCCCCCAGUGAUGCCCUGCAGCUUGUGGUCACAGAUACCACGAACCAAGAUUACACGACGGAGAACUUGAUUCGAAUGGGCAUGGCAGGGCUGCCCCUGGUGGUUCUCUUGGUCAUUCUGGCUGAAAAUUGGCUUGGCCGUCAGGUUCCACACAAGGAAGACCAGCAAGAACUGCCUGAACUGAGCUGCAGUAGACAGAAAACUCAGACAGAAUGGACCUUUGGACUAACUCCAAAGGGUCACCAGGUAGACACCAGGCACUGAAUACAACAGCCAGCACUUGUGGAGUCCUGGAAAGCUCCAUGGAGAACACAAGGGAGAACGAGGUGCUAACCAGCUUGGAUCCCUUUGCAAACCAAUCAAAUGGUAUUUUCUUAUAUGAAUCUGAUAUAUUUGCAGCCCACCCUGCUAGACUUUGGUGAUAAAAUUCUCAGUACAGGGCCUUCCCUGGUGGUGUAGUGGAUAAGACUCCACGCUCCCAAUGCAGGGGGCCCGGGUUCAAUCCCUGGUCAGGGAACUAGAUAUACCACAUGCAUC